CGUUUACCAUGAUGCUGGGCGAAUGGAUUCUUUUAAGUUUGUUUACUUAGAAAUUUCUGAUAAUCUAAAAGUAAAGCCAUGUCAGAAACUGCUGUUGCGUAUAGAAGAGCAAGGCAGGAAGUUCAAAUUAUUUGAAUUUGUCAGGUUUGGAGUUUACAAAUGAUGUUUGUAAAGCUAUUGGCCAAGCACUUGCCAAAGAUGUGCAUAUAAGAGAAUUGGAUUUCAGCAAUUGCAUGUUGCCAGAGGAAGGUUUGAUAUCCAUUUUAAUGGGGCUUGAAAAUAAUACAUUUCUAUUCAGCUUGAAUUUGAAAGGUAAUAAUAUUAGGCAUUCUGGAGUACAGGAAAUUGGAAAACUUCUUCGCCACAAUAACUAUUUACAGAAUUUAUAUUUAGAGUGGAAUGGAGUUGGAAUUUUUCCUGAAAAAUUUGCUGUCCUAUGUGAAGGUCUAAAUAUGAACAUGUCAUUAAAAACUAUAGAUUUGAAGAAUAACCAGUUGAAUCAUGUUUGUGCUCAGUCUGUUGCUGAUGUUAUUAUUAAGAAUUCUACCUUGCAAAAAAUAGAUCUCCGUUGGAAUAAUAUAGGUUUGAUUGGAGGAAGGGCUAUUUUAAAUGCCUUAUCCAAAAAUAAAACCGUUCUUGCUCUUGAUGUUUCUGGAAAUGACAUACCUAGUGAUGUUAUGAAGUCAAUAGAAAUGGCUGUUUCAAUAUCUGCUGAGAGGUAUAUUAUAAACAAUGAGAAAAUUGAAAGGACUAAGACACUAGCUUCAAAAUUACAGGAACUAGAAAAGGAAAAGGAUGGACAGCUUAAGUUGCUGAUGGAGCAGUUAGAGAGGAAGGAUCAAGAUGUGGCUCUUAAUCAAAGGUUGAAUUUAAUUAAAUUAAAUCAAUUCCAAGAAGCUUUAGUACAAAAGGAAGUUGAACUUCAAAAUGAAGUUGUAAAAUCUCAAGAGCUUCAAAGGAAACUAUCAAUCAAAAUAGAUGAAGUGAACAGUUUAGCUUUAGCUUUGAACGAAUUGGAAAUGAAAUCUAAAGAAAUGAAAGCUGAGCAUAGCAUAUUAAUUAAUAAAGAGAGAAAGAAUAAAGAAGAAAUGGAAAGAAAAUUGUUGGAAGAAAAUGGAUCAUUAAAAGAAGAAAAUUUGUUUCUUAAACAAAAAAUACAAGAUCUAAAAAAUAAUGAGAAUCACCUAGAAGAACAAAUUGUUAGGUUGAAAGCAACUGUAUCCAAGUUAGAAUCAGUUUUAAAAAUCAAUGAAAGUUCUUUUCAAGAACAACUAUCAUCAGCCAAUGAAAGGCAUGCAGAGAUUUUGAAGGAAAGAGAAUUCCUGAGAAAAAAGGAGAUGACUCGGAUGAGAGAAGAAUUUUUGGAAAUAGAAAAUACUUUGAAGCAAAAACUUGUGUUAUUAGACUUGAAGAAAGCUGAAUUAGAAAAAGAACUUGCUGAUAAAAAGUCACAGUUAAUAUUAGAAAAAGCACAAGCUGAUGAGAAACUUAAUGAAUUAGAAAAGAAAAUGAAAUCAGAUCAGGAGAACUUAAAAAUGCAAAUGGAUAAAAGAAUAAAUCUUCUUGAAAAUGUGAAACAAAAGCAGGAAAGACUUUUACAAGAACAUUUACAAACAAUGUAUGAAUUAAAGAAAAGAACAACAACUCUUGACAUGGAACUGGCUGAAGAAAGUCAUAAAGUACAGCAUUUACAACAGUGCCUUGAAGCCAAAGAUGCUGAAAUGGAAGUUGCUAUAGCAAAGGUGAGAUUAGAGGUUAAAGAGCAGAUAGAAGACCUUAACAGAAUAAAGCUACUGCUUCAAGAAUCAUAUGAUGAAAAAGAAUUGCUUAAAAAACAGAUUGAAAAUAAUGAAACAAAACAUGAAGAACAGUUAAAAAGUCAGAAUGAAAUCAUCCAGAAAUUGAAAGCUGAAGUCAAGCAGUAUCAUAAUAAAAUUUAUGAAAUCUUAGAAACAGAGAGUAAACGAGCUGAAGAACUAAAAGCAACUCUAACUUCAUAUUUAAAUUCAGAUGUUGAAAAGAAUUUUUCAUUGCCAAAUAACUGAUGAAAUAGCACAACAGAGUUUUUCUUCCAGUUUUGUAAGAAAAAAUAAUAAUAAUGACAGUGUGUCUUUAACUGAAAUAGUAUCAGUAUUUUGAAUAUGUAAGAUUUCAGUAAUUUUAUAACACAUAUCUCAAAGAUGUGAGAAUAAAAAAUAGACUAUUUUAAAUAAUAAAAGAAAUUUUGUUUAUCCUCUCCUAAUUAUGAUAUUUUGUUAACUUUAAAUGGUUGAAAUAAUUUUUCAGUUGUUAGAGAAAAAUAGUAAUAAUUUCCACAGAGCAUAUGUUUUAUGAAAUUAAGAACUUUUUGAGUAAUUUAAAAACAGCUUUAACUUUUAAUCAUAAGUUUACGGUGCAUAUAUAUCUCUUAAAGCUGUUAUUGUAGCUAUCUGUAUACAUCUAACAAUUAUAUUACAUAUUAAUAUUUAUUUUCUAACAAUGACAAAUGAUACAAUCCAGUAGAAAAAUUUUACAUACUAAUAGACAAAAAUGUUUAAAAAAAGUAAAAACAAAUAAUGCUAUUAAUUUCGCAUGUGUGAUUGAAAUUUUGUAUUCUAAAUCCGAAUGAUUUGAACAAUUUGUUUGUGUGAAUAACUGAAACAUCACAUGUAGAAAAUUUUCCAGUAUUUUAAUAAAGUAGAAAUUUUA